ACAACUCGCAGUGCUCAGAUUUUUUGGAGAGAGAGAGAGAGAGAGAAGGAUGAGUGGUUCCAUCUCACAAGACUGGGAGCCGGUGGUGAUCCGGAAGAAAGCUCCCACCGCCGCCGCUCGCAAGGAUGAGAAAGCCGUCAACGCCGCCCGUCGUUCUGGUGCUGAGAUCGAAACCAUCAAAAAGUCAACUGCAGGCACAAACAAGGCUGCCUCUAGCAGUACUUCGCUGAACACCAGGAAGCUUGACGAGGACACUGAGAAUCUUGCUCAUGACAAGGUGCCAACCGAACUGAAGAAAAACAUCAUGCAGGCUCGAAUGGAUAAGAAACUAACCCAGGCUCAACUUGCUCAAAUAAUCAAUGAGAAGCCCCAGGUGAUACAAGAGUACGAAUCUGGGAAGGCCAUUCCAAAUCAACAGAUUAUUUCCAAACUGGAGAGGGCUCUUGGUGCGAAACUGCGAGGAAAAAAGUAAAAUAAGCUGCAAGAAGGAAAGUCAGCCUUAUGAAUUAUCGUUGUCUUUUGAGACUUAAAAGAAAGUGGUUGUACAUGGACCUUUUUUCUUUUCUGCGUUUUCCCCUUCAACCACCAUUAUGCUCAUCUAUGAGAGACUCUGGCUGAUAGAUAUGGUUUUCUUGUGGGUAAUAAAUUCUUAUUUUGUUUGUGAAAUGUUGUGGGGGCAUUUAUAGGUCAGCACAAAUUGCUUGUACUGACAAAAAAAUGCUGGUAAAAACAAUUCGAAAUUGAAUGCUUGGAACUAAUUUGUAAGACUGAAAAAGGGGUUGCGGAUUUGAAUGAAAGAAUAUAUGUAUUUGUCGUCUAUCUUUCCUAUAUAUGCAGAGGCAAGAG